GAUAGUUAUUCAUGUUUACCACCUCUUGUAUCUACAACGCGAAUGAACACUUACCCAUUAUUCGGACUACAAAUUUGAAGUGGAUUACUUUUGACAAUUUGAUCGAAUUAUUUACAUGAAAUAUUGUUGAUAGUCAGAGAACGUAAUAAUAACUUAUAGUUCAUUAAAAAUGAGCACUUAUGUCAAUUAAGAUUGAUAACUCCAGGUUGUUGACGUGGGCAGUUGGAAUGUUGAAAAAGUUGGUGAAAUGUCUCUAUAUUGGAUCUGUUUAUCUUGGAAUAAUAUUUGGUGUAAUGUAAUGUCUGGAUGGAGUGCCGGAAUCGCCUUAUUGAUGAAAAAUUGGACUUCGAUCCUUUUCAUGGUGUCAACGAUAAAACAGAAGUGACCAACUUUUGCGUUCGGAACCUCAUUUGGAAUGAGCGAAAUUUACAUUAUUGGUCACGAAAUUGGAAAGCUAUCCGGCUAAAUGCAAUUAGCUAGAGUUCAUGAACUACAAAGACGUAUACUUUAUAAUUUUUGGAGCUUAAAUACAACUGACUAUUGGUUAUCUUCAAAAUCUUAAAACGGAUUGGUCCAGUUCUGGGAAAUGCUUGCAUGAAGCAGUAGAGGUUAAAUGACCACUUUGUCGAUGCUAACACUUAAAGAGGACAAUAUCCAAUCUCACCAUGUCUUUGUUUGGUACUCUCGAACUGAGACAAAAUCGUAGGAAAAGGAAAAAGUACGUGUCAGACCCUGGACCAGCUACGAUUUCCAGCUUCAUCAGUCGACGGUCUCGUGUCUUUGGACCACUUUUAGAACGGCCUGAUGGUUUCCAGGCGGCACCGAGCUCGCUGGAACCAGAUACCCUUGAGGUCAAACGCCUACCACAAGAGCAAAUAUGUUCGUCAAGAGAACUCCCUAAAAUGGCCAGUCGGAGGAGGAAGCUCAGCAAGAAACUUCAGAAGAUUCUCUCUUCGCCCUUCGGGUUGUUCCUGCUUCUAGUGGUCUACAUGGUCCUUGGAGCGCUUAUGUUCAUCUACGUGGAAUCGGGCACCGCUCGCGAAUUAGACGCGAAACUGAAGAACGAAAGGUUCGAACACGCUCAGAUCCUGGUCCUGAACGGAAGCUGCUACCAGGAUGCAGAAUGUGUCACCACGUGGCUCAAACAAUGGGAGGAAAAACUGUGGGAAUUUCCGAUGGGAAUUAUCGAUCAUUACCUGACCCUGUGGUCCUUUGAAAACUCUUUUCAUUUGUGCUUCUCUAUCGUCACUACAAUAGGUUAUGGAAACAUCACCCCGGUCACCAAUCUUGGGCGUAUGCUUGUUAUUGUAUACGCAAUCUUCGGAAUACCAAUCAUGCUCCUUUUCGUCUCUGAUGUUGGAACGGUGAUAGCAGAAAAGGUGAAAGGGUUCGUCUUACUGUACCGUUCCAAACGAAGAGCCACGAUAGAGGCAAGACGCAGCCGUAAGAAACAAAAGGAAACAAAGAGUAAGGGCACCGCGUCCGCUCAAGUCAGCGUCUCUAAAAGUAGCUUGGACGGCAAGGAGCAAUUGGCCAUGACUUCUCGAACAAAUCACGAAUUCCUCGAAGAAGGUUCGCCUCAAGAGGAAAUUAUGAUUAUUAACCAUUUGGAAACAUCGGGUGGCAACAGCAAUGAUCGGAAUAGCCAAACCAAAUUCGAAAUGGACCAUAGAAAGAAAGGAAAGAACGGAAUACACGUUGAGAAUAAAGAUGAUACUUUGAACGAUGUGAAUGCUAAAAAGAAACAUCUAGCCAAUAAGGUGUCGGAACGUAGGAUUCCUGUCAUAAUGUUUGAUCCGGACUCUGGUGACGAAUCGGACAUUGAGGAAAUAAUCGGUGAGGUCAUCGAAGACGAUGUUGAUCUCUACGAUACUGCCGAGAUUGUCGUGGAUGAGAGCGACUCCGAGGACUACAUCGUCAUCAACGGAUUGAUCAGCUCGACACACCACCGAUGGAAGGAAAAUCGGAAAGAAGAUCGCGUCUUUGCUUCAUCAGAAGCUAUAGUAGAAACGAAAGACAGGGCGAAAUACAGCAGAUCGCAGAGUGACUCAGUAAUUGAAACGUUGCAAAUAGAAGAAACGUAUUCGAGCCACAGGAACUGCCUCGAUAACAACAAGGAAUCCGGGUCUUUAAAUAAUCACAAUGGGAACAUAGGAGGAAGACGGAUUUCUAGGACACCAGAUGGACAUACCCUUAUAGAAUUGAAUACGCCUGAUACAACCAAUAAUAAGAGUAGGGUAGUUUCUGACCCUUCGUCGGAUAAAACUCAAAGAGAUAUAAAGUCAAAGGAUAACCAACAAAAAGAAGGAGAGCAAAAGCCAACUUCGAACGGUGGUUUUAAGUCCUCUGAGAACAACCAUCGUCCAUUAUCUUUCAGAGGUGCCGUUCCUUCCCCAGGAAACAACGAAAGUGACAUAAACGAUGUAUCCUUCCCAUGGUGGAUGGCUUUUCUCCUUCUCUUUUUGUACCUCGUCAUAGGAAUGUUCAUGUUUCAUUAUGCAAUAGAAUGGUCGCAUCUGGAUUCUUUCUACUACGCCUUUGUAUCGCUAAGUACGAUAGGUUUCGGUGAUCUCUACUAUCAACCAAGUUCCGUGCGCGGUUCCAUAUACUACACAUUUAUAUACUGUUUUGUGGGAUUCUGCUACACUUCCAUGUGUAUGAGUUUGAGUUCGAGGGAGCUGUUGCGCGUCGCCCGUAGAGUUGCGUGGAAGAUCGGUUAUUACCGGAGCAGACGAUGGAAAACGGGUUUUCGCGCGUUUUGGAAGGCGCGAAGGAUGCGGGAUCCAAGGCAUGCGGGAAGAUGGACGUUGCGACGAAGGAAACCGCUUCGCAUUCAACGGAUUGAUGAAUCUCCUGGAACAUUCCCCUAAAAAACAGGGGAACACAUAUUCCUAAAUAAAACUAUGUUGACUCUGAUUCUACGAUUAUUCUCAAGCAAGUAUAACAUUACAGUCGUGUAAGUAAAGUAACCUUGAUAAAAAGAUCCGUUAAUUGCGUUUUUUUUUCAACAAUAGAUCAUAUUUUACUGAUUAUUUUACACAAACGAGAGAACUAAAAUAACCUAGCAUCAAUCUGUCACAACUUUUUUGUACAAUUUUAUAAAAUCCGACGAUGAGUAAUCUCGACCAAGUCAAUGAAGGGUUGAUAUGGAAUCGUUUAAGUUUUGUUAAAUCUGAAUUUCAGUGAGUUUUUUUUUGUUAGCUCCACCUACAAAUAAGGGUUUUAAAGUCAUAUUGAUGUUAUCCAAUCGAAUAUGUUCACCAACAUAUGACAGAAUGAAGAUAAAUCUUAAUUAAAAGUAACGUAAUACCAAAAACAAAACUCCUUAACAGAUUAUCUGAUGGUUGUUAUAAACACCAGUGGUAUGGGGUCCUUUCUUUUUCCUUGUAGGGACUUAACACUUUUCGUAGUCUGUAUAAAUUGUGUUUUUACAACGGUGUAUACAAUGUCUUCUAAAGCCAAUAAACAUCGAAAUUG